CUGGUUCGAUGCUUGUCCGGCCGGUCCCUUAACGGAAAACGAACGCCCUCUCCUGCUGAGCGAGCUGCCAGACAGCCAAUCAGAUCCAGAGCCUGCUACAUUGGUACGUCCGUGAUCACAACAGCUCGCCCUUAGCUCUUUUUCAUUUUCGUAGCCAUACUACCAACCAAACAUAGCGUGAAAAAUGUCGAAGUGAUGACAGCGUUUGUUGCUGGUGGAUGUUUUAUUUCUCUGGACACCUGUCUAGGCUCGAAUCAUAGCUAAUCUGCGCCGCCGUCAUACUAUUAGCUAACAGCUAACCUUAGCUAAGAGGAAGAUGGGGUCCAUCCUAAGUCGUAGAAUUGCUGGUGUUGAGGACAUCGAUAUCCAGGCAAACUCGGCCUAUCGGUUUCCUCCGAAAUCUGGGAAUUACUUCGCAAGCCAUUUCUUCAUGGGAGGAGAGAAGUUUGAUACUCCACAUCCAGAAGGAUACCUGUUUGGGGAAAACAUGGACUUAAAUUUUCUUGGAAAUAGGCCAGUACAGUUUCCGUAUGUGACACCCGCACCCCAUGAACCUGUGAAAACCUUGAGGAGUCUGGUUAACAUCCGGAAGGACUCUCUCCGUUUAGUGAGGUACAAAGAUGACUCGGACACUUCGGUGGAGGACGGCGGGAAACCCAAGAUUCAGUACGGCGUGGAGUUUACCUUUGAUGCUGAUGCCAGGGUCGCCAUCACUCUCUACUGCCAGGCGUUUGAGGAGUUCUCCAAUGGGAUGGCUAUGUACAGCCCGAAGGAUCCGACCAUGGUCUCUGAAACGGUGCACUACAAGCGGGGGGUGAGCCAGCAGUUCUCCAUGCCGUCCUUCAAAAUAGAUUUCAGCGAGUGGAAAGAGGAGGAUCUAAACUUUGACUUGGACCGAGGAGUGUUUCCAAUGGUAAUCCAAGCUGUGGUCGAUGAAGGAGACGAUUGUCUUGGACAUGCACAUGUGCUUUUGGCAGCAUUUGAAAGACACGUUGAUGGCAGUUUCUCCGUCAAGCCUCUGAAGCAGAAGCAAAUUGUGGACCGUGUGAGCUACCUCCUGCAGGAAAUCUACGGGAUUGAGAACAAAAACAACCAAGAGACCAAGCCAUCUGAUGACGAGAACAGCGACAACAGCAACGAGUGUGUUGUCUGUCUGUCUGACCUGAGAGACACACUCAUCCUGCCCUGCAGACACCUGUGUCUCUGCAACUCCUGCGCGGACACUUUGCGCUAUCAGGCCAACAACUGUCCCAUCUGCAGGCUGCCCUUCAGAGCCUUGCUGCAGAUAAGAGCUGUGAGGAAGAAGCCUGGAGCUCUUUCUCCCGUGUCCUUCAGUCCUGUUCUGGCUCAAACUAUGGAUCAUGAUGAGCACUCAAGUUCAGACUCGGUCCCACCUGGUUUUGAACCCAUCUCUCUGCUGGAGGCUUUGAACGGUCUGCGGUCGGUGUCUCCCGCCAUCCCUUCUGCCCCGCUAUAUAACGAAAUCAACUUCUCAGGGGGUGUGGGAGGGGACAGCCGUCAGUUGAGCUCUCCGGAGCAUUUAAGUGAUGGAAGUCUUCAGAAAGGCAAAGUCAGCAAGUCGCCUGACAGCACCCUGAGAUCGCCAUCCUCUCCCAUCCAGGAGGAGGACGAGGAGAAGCUGUCUGAGAUGUCAGACGCGCAGCCGCACACGCUUCUCUCCAGCAGCCCCGCUCCCACAGACGCUACAACCACUGAGGACGUGGCAGAAUCCCUUUCUCCAGAUGACGACGACAGAAUGCCUUCUGGAGGAGACAUCCUGCAGGACUGCAGCAGCGAGCACUGCAGCUUGACCAAAACAGAAAGCGACCCAGCGGGCAACCUGUCUCUGCCUGCUCUAGGUCCUGAUUCGUGCUCCAUUGGUAUGGAGGAAUAACUGCGGUUCAUCGGACUCAACAGAAAGUCUAAAAAGUCAGAGCACAAACUGCUCCAGCCAGCCUCUCCUGUGUCCCACAAGCAGCCUUCAUCUGGAAGACGAACAUUUCAACUGACUCGGACUCAGCUUUGCUUCACUACAACCAUCCCGUCCCUUUAUUACUUUCACACAGGGCCCCCAAAAAGUCCACCCCACCCCGGGCGUUUGUUUUAAUGAUUUUUGAUACCAGAUGUGAGGCCUAAAAGAAAGUUGAGGAUGAGGAAGGACUGUUCAUCAGCAUGUCAGCAUUAUAGAAGAAGGAAACCGAGUUGAUGCAAAGGUGUUUUUGGUUUCUUAUAUGAUGACUGGUAUAUUUUUAUCCUCCAGCUCUAAAAAAAAACAAAACAUUUCUUUAAUUCUCACAUUGUUCAAUGUUCAUUUGUGUGUCUUGGAAGAGUUGUGAUCUUGUAAUGUAGAUUCCAGACAUUUUCACUCCCGUUCUUUGGUGGUGCCUUUAAGCCCACUUACUACAGACUAACCACCCUAACACUAAAAUGAGAAGAACCUCUAAAUGCAGUUUGUAUUCAUGUUUUGUAAUUAUCAAAGAAACACAGAACUUUAUUGAUCCUAGAUGAAUUUGUUUUGCCAGGAGAGCUUUACUUUUGUUUUCGUGUCCAUUUCUAAAUUGCUUUUUGCACUCUAACCAAAUAGUCUAUCCAUUCCUUUUAACAGAAGAAUAUGACAAAGUUAAGUUGUUGUAGUCCAUCUUAAGCUUUAGCCUGUUGGAUUCAUUUUCAGGCAAUGUGAAAGAUAAUAAAACUACAAAAAUUGUGUACUUAUUUCAAAAUCUAUUCUCGUGACGAAUAUUAAGUGACGAAACUAGAUUCUGUUAACAUGCGCAUUAUUUAAGCAGUUGGUAAUAGGAGCUACAGAUAAAUUCAGAUGUAGUUAGAGCCUCGAACAAACAGUGAUUCGCUAUAGCUGGACAAGCUUACUCGCCGUUGAUUUGCGUGAUAGCUGUACAGUCUUUUUGUGGCAACACAGAUGUUUGCUUCUGAAGUAGCUGCAAAACAAGGAGUCACGUGUUUGUGUGGACGCAGCAGCUUUAGUUUCCUUGGUGCAGUAUGUGUAGCAUCAUGCAUAUAGAUUUAUGUGCCUUGAAAUAAUAUGGCUGCCUGCUUUGUGCAAUGUUCUUAUAAAUGCUACAAUAUACAACAGUUCCACUGCACAGACAGGUUUUAGGAUGCUAAUGUACAGAACUUUUUAUUUCCUAGAAAUUUCAUGCAACAGUAAAAAAAAGAUCUUGUUACUGUCAUUAAGUAAUCUUAAGUUGAAUUGUUGCUUUACUUUGUUAUAGCCAAGUAUUAAUUAUACAUUCAUUAUUAUAAGUAUUUAGGUUCCAGUGCAAUUGUGAAUGUGUUACCAGAAGGGGCACAUCUUUGAGAUGUUUGCAUUUUAAUCAUUGGGCUUGCAUUUGCCUGUGAAUUUGUAAACGCUCUCACCUCGUUCUGCUUUUAAAUGUUUCUUUCGUCAUUUAUCCUCUCCUCUUCUGUGCCAUUUCAACUUGACACUGUGCCUUCCUGUUCUGACCACUAUUGCCCUGGUAUCCAGGAUAACCCCAGAGUAGGUGGUGUUUGGCUCUAUGUAAAAUUAUAUACCUGUCUCUCUUUGUGUGUAUAGCGGCAUGUGUAUAACAAUAAAGAACAAAGAUUCAGUACCAAA